UUGAAAAUCAUAAGCAAUAGAAGGGAAAGCUAUUGAUUUCUCUUAUAUUAUCUAAAUUCUUAGAACCUCUACCAAAGCCAACUUAUUUAAUAUCGAUCUUUGGCUCUUCAACUAUUGUCUCCUGAACCUGAGGUUGUGGGUCUGUCUCCUCUUCCUUCAUUACUUCUUCCUUUCUUCAUGUGGUUGCACAGGUUGUUCAAGCUUAGUUUCUCUAAUAAGCUUUAGAUGUGCUUCAAAAUUCAUUGAAUACUGUGAGGAGACAAAAUCCAUUCCUUCAAGCGAGGCAAUGAGCUCGUUUCUUUUCUGAAUCAUUUUCUUCUGUUCUUUAGUAAGAGUUGACCCAUUUUGGAUCUUUUCCUCUGUUUCAAUAAUCUUGCUCCAUUUCUUAACAUAUUUCCUCAUUCUGGAGUAUAAUGAUUUGAAAAAUUCGUCCUUGUCUGAAAUCUGCAUGUGCUCUUCUUUGAACUUCUUAAAUACUUCAAAUUAAGUGCUAAAAUCUUUGGUCUUCCUCAUCUUGGAUCGCACUAGU